GGCCAUGCACGCGAGCCUUAAAAAGCGUCACGAGUGACAGGAAUGGUCAUGGGGAGCUGAGGGAGAAUAACAGCAGUUAGCUAGCAACAGACAACAACCGCAAUUAAUGAAAUAAAUUAGCGACGGUUCGGGCGGCGAGCUACCGGAGGCCACUAUGGCGAACAUCACGAAGAAAGUGUCGUGGUCCAGCCGGGCCGAGGAGUCCGGGGCAGCCGGGGAGGGGACACCGUUGCUCAACGGCUCCGAGCAGCCCCGACACUCCAGACAGCUGUCUGGAGGAGGCAGUAUAUUUCAGAUAGGCAGACUCAGCACGGUGGAUUUGGAGGAGGAGAUAACGUCAGAUGAGGAGUCUCUUAGGGGGCGACCGAAAGAGAUCCCUCAUAAUGAGAAGCUUCUGUCACUUAAAUUUGAGAGUCUGGACUAUGAUAACAUUGAGAACCAGCUGUUUCUGGAGGAGGAAAGGAGGAUGAGUCACAUGGGUUUCCGCUGUCUGGAGAUCAGUCGCUGGGUGGUCUGCGGUCUAAUCGGCUUUCUGACCGGCCUCAUUGCCUGUUUUAUAGAUAUUGUGGUGGAGCAGCUAGCUGGAAUCAAAUACCAAGUGGUCAAAGAGAACAUAGAGAAGUUUACAGAGGUGGGUGGCCUGUCGAUCUCUCUCAUCCUCUGGGCGGUCCUCAACUCUGCCAUCGUCAUGCUGGGCGCCAUCAUAGUUGCAUUUUUCGAGCCCAUAGCAGCAGGAAGUGGCAUUCCUCAGAUAAAAUGUUACCUAAAUGGAGUCAAGAUUCCCAGGGUGGUACGACUCAAGACACUGGUGGUGAAAGUGUGUGGUGUUAUCUGUUCUGUGGUCGGCGGUCUUGCUGUCGGAAAGGAAGGACCCAUGAUUCACUCUGGUGCUGUUGUAGCGGCAGGGGUCUCACAGGGCAGGAGCACCUCUUUAAAGAGAGACUUCAAGAUCUUUGAAUACUUCCGGAGAGACACAGAGAAGAGGGACUUUGUUUCUGCUGGAGCCGCUGCCGGAGUCUCAGCUGCUUUUGGAGCACCAGUCGGUGGCGUUCUGUUCUCUCUGGAGGAGGGCGCUUCUUUCUGGAACCAGAUGUUGACGUGGAGGAUAUUCUUUGCCUCCAUGAUCUCAACCUUCACCCUGAACUUCUUCCUCAGUGUCCACCACCACAAUACAGGAGACCUUUCCAACCCCGGUCUCAUCAACUUUGGGCGCUUUGAGAGCGAUAGUGUGGCCUAUAACCUCUAUGAGAUUCCCUUGUUCAUCGCUAUGGGAGCUAUAGGUGGAUUGCUGGGAGCUCUGUUCAACGUUCUCAAUUACUGGCUGACCAUCUUCAGGAUCAGGUAUGUUCAUCGCCCUUGUUUACAAGUGAUGGAGGCCAUGUUGGUUGCUGCAGUGACCGCGGCAGUAUCAUUCACCAUGAUCUACUUCUCCAAUGACUGUCAGCCUCUGGGGCCAGAGCACACUGAGGAGUACCCACUGCAGUUGUUCUGUGCAGAUGGGGAGUAUAACUCCAUGGCAACGGCCUUCUUCAACACUCCUGAGAGAAGUGUGCGCAGUCUCUUCCACAACCAGCCAGGAACCUACAACCCAUUGACCCUGGGUUUGUUCACCCUGACUUAUUUCUUCCUGGCGUGUUGGACGUACGGCCUGGCAGUGUCCGCUGGAGUCUUCAUCCCAUCUCUGCUAAUAGGAGCAGCCUGGGGAAGACUGUGUGGGAUACUGUUGGCCUCCAUCACAUCUACUGGCUCGAUCUGGGCAGACCCUGGUAAAUAUGCCCUGAUUGGAGCUGCAGCUCAGUUAGGUGGCAUUGUGAGGAUGACUCUCAGUUUGACUGUCAUCAUGGUGGAGGCUACAGGAAAUGUCACAUAUGGUCUUCCCAUCAUGCUCGUCCUCAUGACUGCCAAGAUAGUGGGAGACUAUUUUGUGGAGGGUCUGUAUGAUAUCCACAUCAAGCUGCAGAGUGUUCCUUUCCUGCACUGGGAGGCUCCUGCCACCUCCCACUGGUUGACCGCCAGAGAGGUGAUGAGUUCUCCAGUCACCUGUUUGAACAGGAUAGAGAAGGUGGGAACCAUCGUGGACACCCUUAGCAACACGUCCACCAAUCACAACGGCUUCCCAGUUGUCGUGCAGGUCACUGCUGGUGAUGAGCCAGCGAAGCUCUGUGGCCUCAUCCUCCGCUCUCAGCUCAUCGUUCUCCUCAAGCACAAGGUGUUUGUGGAGUUGGCCCGGUCCCGGCUGACGCAGAGAAAGCUCCAGCUGAAGGACUUCAGGGACGCCUAUCCCCGCUUCCCCCCGAUCCAGAGCAUUCACGUCUCCCAGGACGAGAGGGAGUGUAUGAUGGACCUCACGGAGUUCAUGAACGCAACGCCUUACACUGUACCACAGGACACAUCUCUGCCUCGUGUGUUUAAGCUGUUCAGAGCGCUGGGCCUCAGACACCUGGUCGUGGUGGAUGAUGAAAACAGGGUGAUUGGACUUGUGACCAGAAAAGACUUGGCCAGAUAUCACAUGGGCAAACAUGGACUGGAGGAACUUCAGCUGGCCCAGACAUAGUACACUUACACACACACACUCACACUCUUACACUCUUACACACUUGAACUAUGACCACCUGAUGCCUCAUAAGCUCUAUGCAGGACACCAUUGAGGGCCAAGAGGUCUCCCUUAUUCUUUGAUGCCAAAAUGGUCACCGUGACGACACAAGGAAACCCCCGUGUACAGGUCUGUUGGGUCAUUAACGAAAGACACUUUUAAUGUAAAACUGCUCCUGGUGUAAAACAUUUGAAGAAAAAAACAGCUCCCCCGAUCUUUGUGAAAUGUUUUAUCUUGAAAGGAUUGAACUUCCUUUUCUUUCGGUCGUAUAGAAAGUAAUCUCUAAUGAACAGAAAAGAAAAAAUGCCUUAUUGGAGGAUUUUUCCUGCGCUUAUACGCAUUCACAGACCUCACCCCAGACACUUAAUGUAUGGGAUACAUAAAUUCAGAACAACAGGAGAUUUUCAAAAUAAAAUAAAACAGUCACUGCCAGCUUGAGGAGAGAAGUCCCAGUGAGAAGAAUUGAUUUGAUCUGUGUUGGCUGGUACACGGAAAACCCACUGCUUUUUAUUUGCAAAAACAUUAUAACAUUCAGUAUGUCACUGUCUGUUCUAAAGCCCUGUUUGCACGGGACUGGUAUUACGGGCUGUCCUCGGGAUUUAGAAACUAACUCCCACAUCUGCACAUCUGGGUUUUGUGUAGAGUUGUUCCUUUACCAAUACCAGAAAUGCCUUCGAUGUUGCUUACAAUGCUGUCUCUGGUAUUGGCGAGUAGGGAUGAGCGAGUUCACCAUUAUCUGUAUCUGUUCAACCAACUAAUCGGUAUCUGUACUUGGAAAUGGUGGGAUUUAACCAGAAGUGGGUGUGGCUAAAACUGGAAAUGGGUGGGACUGAACCAGGAGUUGCUAUUGAAGCCUGAAAUUGAUCAGAAGUUGCUGUAUUUAUUAUUUAUCAGAAAACUAUUUACAGAAUGAUCUCAGGAUUGAGCUUUAUUGACGAUUUUCCUUCAUUGCCAUUACAGAUAUUGACACAUUUUACUCGGUUGAUACUCAUAAAAAAGUGUAUUAUCUGUACCAAAUACGCUAUUUAUCCAAGAACUUGGCUCAACCCAAUCAGCAAGUCCACAAGUUUAUGCAUUGAUCCAAUACAGGGUGAUUUAAUAAGAAACUUGUAUAAGCAGCAGUUUUCGUGGAAAUCAAUUCUUUUCGCGGUUCCAAAACAGUAGCCGAAACAGCAAGAUGCAUUGUUCAGCCAUUGGCAACUACGAUGCGAUGAAGAUGAAUUGAUUUCCAGUGAAUAGUUUAACAUUGACUUCAAAAUGUCAGCAACUUGGCAAUAUUUUACACUGGAAAGUCCCACUAGUUUUAAGGUUUAACCUGAGCCGUACCAUACAACAAUGACAGCAAUAAUUUUACAUCCAUACAGGGUUAGUAGUGGUACUUGUUAUUGACCAAUACAGUGUCAAGUAUCAGAAAUUGUAAUGGGAAAGAAAAAAUGGUGUAGGUUUGUGAGGCAUAUUCACACGGGAUAAGCGAAAUACUGUAGGUAUUUUACUCAAGUUUACUAGCAUUAUUCCCCAAAUAUGAUGAGCACGCUCAUUUGCAACUCCACUUUACACAACAAACACUACACACACCGCUAGCAGUGACUUAGAGCAUUAACCUCCUUCAUUCAUUUCUUUUUUUGAUGUGGGUUAUAAAAACAGAACCGAUUCUGCCACCUCCUGCACCUGAAUGCUGUCACAGCUUUCAUUUUGAGUCACACAGUCUACAUAACUUAAAAUAAAAAGAGGCAGAAAUGAGGCACGGAGGAAACAAAAACCCAAGAUGUGACCCCAGCGGGACUUAUUUUAUCACAUGACCUCUGUGUUUGGUGAAAUAACUUUUUUUUUUCCAAAUUACUAGAAAAUAUUUCAGUGAUCUGAAGUUACACAAUACAGUAACAACCAUAAACAGGAACCACAACCUUUAGACAUUUAAAGACAUGUGGCCGAUUUGACAGAUUCAAGUUAGCAGUGUGUCAUGAGUUAUACAACAGUGGUUCCCACCUGGUCUAGCCAUGAGGUCCAGAUUUCUCCUUAGUCAUUAGUUCAAGGUCCACACAGUUUAAUACAUUUCAGCACCAUAUUUGUGUUUGGCGAUGUCGUCGAGCUGGUUUGCUGUCUCUGUCAAGUAGCUGUCAGUCAGUCACUCACUCUACAGGUGGACAUGGCACUUCAGAAUAAAAGCUCUGUGCCAGAAAUUCACUGCACUUAAAAAUAAAGUGUGUGUCUGUUUGGGGUUUUUUUUUUUAUAAACUUGACAUGUUUGCGGGUCACUUGUGGUCCAUUCAGAAUGGACCCACGACCCACUUUUGGACAAAAACCUGUGAAUCCCGUGCAAAUAGGGCUUGAUCGUGUCUCCUCAACUUCUUGUAGACGGUCUGCAGUGAUACAUUAUUAGUCAUUGAUGAAUGACAUGUUUUCAGAUAAUUCAGAUGGAUGAUUUUUACGUCUCAUUACUGAACGUAAUGAGACAUUUAAGCUGGUUUGCUUUGAAAACCUGAUUUUAAGCGAGUGCUCAUGUUCAAGAGUCGGUUUGUAACGUCACUGACCCUGUGAGGUCGUCUUUGUUGGUGUCAAAAUAGUUUAUAUUUUCCAAUUUUUGUGUAGUUUUGCACUGAGCGAAUGCUGUUAUUUAUUGUUAAUGUUUGAUAUUUUAAGUGUCUGGUUUGGGCUCAUGUGGGGUCAGUUUGGAUUCGAGACGCUUUCACGAGUGUGCUUUGAAGAAGGGUUAUUACAUGAAGAUACACAUCCUUCCUUCCCUCUUCUGUCAGCUUUACCGAGCAUAUAUAUAUUUGUACUACUGUCAGUGAAAAUGGACUAAUGCUCACAGGUACAUCCUUUCUAACACCUCCAGAUGUCUGCACUUUGCCUACUACUGAAAACAAAGUCUCCUUUUGUUGAGAAAUACACACAAGUGUCCCUCAUGAAACUCUAUAUGAAUGUAAACCGUUGUUUACCACAAAGCCUCUGUUCAAACUAAUCAAGUUAAUCCUACGUUACUCGAGUCAGCACACACAACACAGAUUUAUAGUUAUUUAAUUUUUCAAUUUGUAAAUCUAACAUUUCUUCAAUGAUCAGUGUUAUUUCUUUCUCUCUGUGCACGUCAGAGGUUUUACUCUUUGAUUUUUGUCUCAUUUGUGGUCUUUGUUCUGUUGUACAGUUCUAGAUGUUAAAAUAUAGACUAAGCUCUAUUUUAUAACCACUGGAUGAGCCUUUUUGUGAAUGAAUAAAGUUGAAAUUUAUCUAUUGUUA